AUGGCGCCGAAUUUAUUCGGCAGUUCAGCGACUUUAUUCCUUGAAGCUUCUCAGCAGGAUGUGUCGCAAAAAAAAGCGGCAGAGAAGGCGAUAACGCAAAAAUUACCAAUCCAAAAGGCACAAAACUCGAAGCCUAAGUAUCAGUGGAAGAUUGUCUGGAGAAACAUGAUAGCUUUUGUCUAUCUUCAUCUCGGUGCACUUUACGGAUUGUAUAUUUUAAUAACGGCUGCCAAAUUUUACACAUUCCUUUGGAGUGUAUUAGUUGCAAUUUCCGCAGCUGUCGGUGUUACAGCAGGUGCUCACAGAUUGUGGGCUCAUCGAGCUUACAAAGCGAAAUGGCCGAUGAGAGUCAUUCUUAUGCUCUUGCAAACUACGGCUUUCCAAAAUCAUAUUUAUGAGUGGGUGAGAGAUCAUCGAGUUCAUCACAAAUUCACGGACACGGAUGCGGAUCCGCAUAACGCAAAAAGAGGCUUUUUCUUUUCGCACAUGGGUUGGCUUUUGGUUCGAAAACACCCUGAUGUCAUUAAUAAGGGGGCGACGAUUGAUAUGAGCGACCUCGAAAAGGAUCCCGUCGUUGUCUGGCAACGCAGGCUUUACAUCGUUCUAAUGCCUGUUUUUUGCUUCCUACUUCCCACCUGGGUACCAUGUCACUUUUGGAACGAGAAACCUAUGUACGCGUGGUAUUCUACCCUUUUCAGAUACACACUCUCACUGAAUCUGACUUGGUUAGUGAAUUCCGCAGCCCAUAUAUGGGGCAUGAAACCGUAUGACAACACCAUUAGCCCCACUGACAGCCUCAGCGUCGGCAUUGGCGCUUUCGGUGAAGGCUGGCACAAUUAUCAUCACGUGUUUCCAUGGGAUUACAAGGCUGCCGAAUUGGGCAACUAUCGCACAAACUUUACCACCGCUUUCAUUGAUUUCUUCGCCUGGAUUGGCUGGGCGUAUGAUUUGAAGACUGUAGCAUAUAGUAUGAUAAAGAAACGCGCAGCUCGAACGGGCGACGGCUCGAUAUAUGCGCGAACGGACGAUCAUGAUGAGCACCAUCAUUCGCACGAGGAAGCUAUAUGGGGGUGGGGCGAUACCGAUAUGGCACUGGAAGAUAUGCAGGAGGCUGAAAUCAUUAAUAAGGGCGAUUGA